AUGCCGGCCCGCGUCAACAAGAAUCCAAACCUCCCACGCAACCAGAUUCAAGUCCUGCCUGUGGGCAGCGCGUCGGACGGAACAGGCGCCACACCGACAGACCCGACAUGGCUUCAAGACACCAACCACGCUCUCCGCCAUUACGCGCACUACUGGGCCAACAACUACCCCAACGUGCAAGUUCAGGCAGGAAUGACGGUUGAGUUGUCCCAGCUACCGCCUGGAUACACGGCCUGGGCUCGCGCGCGUCCCAACCCAAGGAGAAACGAGAGCACAAAACGGGGGCAAGAGGUCGUUGAUCAUAUCGUCUGUGGUCAUCCAAAUGGAGACUUCCGAUCUGCUCCAGCCGCAAGCGUAGCUCCCUGCUCAACCACAGGCAUUGGCACAGCAGCUCACAGCGCCACAGCUCCCUCUACCCCCAGGUCAGACCCCUUAUCCGGUACCAGCUCCACCACCGAUCACAGCUCCACAGACGGGUCAACAGCAGGCAAUUCUGCCGCCUCGACCACCGAUGCAAGCUCAGGCCAAUGCAAAUCGCGAGCUUCAUGAACAGUCGGACGCUAUGGAUGUUGACCUACAGCCAGCGCAGCGUGGCGAUCCACCAGUGCCCGCCGACCGGUCUGUACCCUGGGACAUCAAUGAUGUGUCAGAUGGAACAGGGGUACCGUGCUAUCUGGACGGUGCUGAGCGCAACAACAACAUUUUCUUGGUCGGCGUCGGGAGACAUCGUACGGAUGCCAUGAGAAAUCUGCCUGCCGGACUCUUUUACCGCCUGGAUCGCCUUCCUGAAGGUUAUUCGGUCUGGGAAGUACCUACGCCAGAUGGAGAGGACACGGAUGUACUGCUCUUGGGACAUCCUUCGGGCCAAUUCUUUACUUCCGCUGCUGACUUCUAUGAUCGCCUCGUUUGGCUACAGACUCGAGGACUUCCUGGAGCCCUCGUUGAGUGUCCUUGCGUCCUCUGCGGUGGAGUAGGAAAUCAGGAAUACGCUGACCGGGAUGCGAUGGAGGAAUAG